CCCCUUCCAUUAACUACUUCCGGUGGAUAUGUCCACAUCUGGACCAAUUCGCUUAGUUAGCGAUCUAUCUAUCUAGCUACAUACAUCCAUAUACUCACUUGACCAAUCUAGAUAGAUUAGACACAUUAGUGAAUGAUACUGAUACUCUCACGUAUGAUCGAAUGUUAUUUGCUUUCAUUGAUAGGUGCAACAACUGAACAAUCAGAGGCCCAGACGUGUCUAUGUCCCACCUGUACGGACGGCAGGGAGAGGAGGAGGAGGGGGUAGAGGUGGAGAAGUUUGAGGUGACCGAAUGGGACCUGGCCAAUGAAUUUAACACAGAGCGCUGCAGACACAGACAGACCAAAGAAGAGGCCGUCUAUGGCAUCUGGGCAGAGAGGGAAGACUCCGACGAUGAGAGACCCAGCUUCGGAGGGAAGAGGGUGGUAAUUUACGUGGCAACAGCCAGUCCCAGAGGUCUGGGUUUGCAGCUGGUAUCCGGGCUGGAGGAGACCUGGGCACCUGGGAGAAACACAAAGGGGAUUGGCCAGAAACUCAUCCAGAAGAUGGGCUACACACCAGGGAAAGGACUGGGGAAGAAUGUAUGGGGGGGAGUAAUGGAGAUAGAGGAAAGAGCAUAGCCCAUCUGGUAACUUCUGCUAAAACUUCAGUUUGUUAGGGGUAAAUGUUCCAUCUGAAGCCUCUCUCCUCAGGUAUUUUGAACCCCAUCGAGGCAAAGCUUCAUAAAGGGGCAGUGGGUUCCUACGGCAACGAGAGAACCAAACAGUCACUACAGGACUUCCCUGUGGUUGACUCCAAGGAGGACAAGGGGAUCCAGAGCUAGGUCAGUGGCGUAGGGAUCCUGUGGAUGGGGGAGGGAAGAAAAAAACAAAGUCUUCCUACAGGACUGUAGAAGAGCUGAAGGCUAAUGGCAAGCUGGACGGACCACACAGACACCCGCUGGAGAACUGGCUCAGGUCAAGCUCUGUGUCUGGGGGAGCUGUUAAUAAAUCCACACCAGCAGCAGAUAGAGACAUUCAAUUGGGUGUUAGACUGGGUGGGGAUGCUGUCUCCCUCAAGCCUCGUAUCACUGCUGGACAAACACUUCUUCCCCAAGUGGCUACAGGUGCUGUGUUCGUGGCUCAGUAACAUUCCUAACUAUGAGGAGAUUACUAAGUGGUACCUGGGCUGGAUGUCCAUGUUCAGUGAUGCUGUUCUGGCUCAGCCACUCAUAAAGGACAAGUGGGGGUACAUGCAGCCUGGUGCCCGUGAGAACAUAGUGUAUAUCACACACACAGAGCGUCGUAAGGACUUCCAGUACGAGGCUUUGCAAGAGCGUCGGGACACUGAGAGCGGCAUCGGUGCCAGCCUGUCCACCAACUUCAAAGUCUUUAUCCAGACCAAGGCUGAGGAGAACAACAUUGUCUUCAUGCCGCUGGUUGUCAAACGCCACGAGGGCAAACAGCUGUACACCUUCGGACGCAUCAUCAUCUACAUCGGGAGAGAAGACCUGGGUCCCUACAGAGUCUCAUCGAUAUGGCCAAGUGAUGGAGUAAGAGAGGAGGGUGCCAUAACUCCCCUAUGGCACCCUCCUCUCUUACUCCAUCAGAGGUCACUGGAAUUUGUCAUUGGGAACCAUGAAUAAAUUAUUUUUGGACUUUCUAUUUUAGACUUUUUUUAUUGUAGACUCACCGCUGCAAGCCAAGAGUGGGAGUUUAAAUAGUUAACUGAUAAUUCCAGAUAAGCAUUUUUGCUGACUGAAACCCUUGUGUAUACCUACCACUGUGGCAAAAAUUAUAUUUUUUACUGAACAAAAAUAUAAAUGCAACAUGUAAA